GGCGCGUCGCGGCAGCCCGCGCCCCGCGCGUCCAGAAGUGGUCCUCGAAGUCUUGGAUUUUUUACUUCAGGUUUGUUUUGUGAUGGAGACAGUGUUGAAGUCUCACUGUGAUGAACAGCACCCUCAUCAGGCUGAAGACUUCCAUGGGAAGCAGGAGCAGAACAGCAAGCUUUCAGCAGGAAUAAAAAAAGAUAUUGAAAAACUUUAUGAAGCAGUGCCACAGCUUGUAAAUGUGUUCAAAAUUAAGGAAAAAAUUGGAGAAGGUACUUUUAGUUCUGUUUACUUGGCCACAGCACAACUACAAACAGGAUACGAGGAAAAAAUGGCUCUGAAACACUUGAUUCCAACCAGCCACCCUCUGCGAAUUGCUGCUGAACUUCAGUGCCUCACAGUAGCAGGGGGACAAGAUAACGUUAUGGGAGUUAAAUAUUGCUUUAGGAAAAAUGAUCAUGUGGUUAUUGUUAUGCCAUAUCUGGAACACGAAUCCUUCUUGGACAUUUUGAAUUCUCUUUCCUUUGAAGAAGUGAGGGAAUACAUGUUUAAUCUGUUUAAAGCGUUGAGGCGCAUUCAUCACUUCGGUAUUGUUCACCGUGACGUCAAGCCCAGUAACUUCCUCUACAACAGGCAGCUAAAAGAGUAUGCCUUGGUAGAUUUUGGCUUGGCACAAGGAACCCCUGAUACGAAAAUUGAACUUCUCAAAACUGCCCACUCUGAAGACCAGCAGGGAAGUUGCUCGCAAAAUAAUCCCACCAUAGCCUUGGGAAAUGGGGUUUCUGUCAGUGUCACAGCACCUAAACAGAUAGCUCAACAGUCAGCCUCAAAAGCAGCUGAUAAAAGGUCCAGCUCACUUUCAAAAAUACAGAUUAAACAAGGAAGAGGAGGAAAGGAGGAUUCAGUGCACCAUUCUGUCCAGCGCUCUGUCUUUGGAGAGAGGAAUUUCAAUGUCUAUAGUUCCACAUACCAGGAGAACUCAAGUACAAAACUCAUAAAACAAUCAAAGAUGAUAGAUGUUUCAUCUAGGAAGUUAGUAACAAAGAAGAAGAUUAUUUCUACCAAAACAGUGAGCAAUGGGGCAGCCAGGAAAGCUGCCAGUGGUUGUCCCUCAAACCUGACCUGUGACUGUUACGCAACGGAUAGAGUUUGCAGUGUUUGCCUUUCAAGGUGUCAGCAAGUUGCUCCCAGGGCGGGAACACCUGGAUUCAGAGCACCAGAAGUAUUAACAAAGUGCCCCACUCAGACCACAGCAAUUGACAUGUGGUCUGCAGGAAUCGUAUUUCUUUCUCUGCUCAGUGGACGGUAUCCAUUUUACAAAGCAAGUGAUGAUUUAACUGCUUUGGCACAAAUCAUGACAGUUCGUGGAUCCAGAGAAACCAUUCAGGCUGCUAAAACUUUUGGUAAAUCAGUUCUGUGUACCCAAGUUGUCCCAGCACAAAACUUAAGAACCCUCUGUGAGAAGCUGAGAGGAACAAAUAGCAGCUGUAAGAGAUCCCAGGGUGAAGUGCCCAGCAAGUCUGUAAAUGACUCAGCUUUGCCAGUUGCAGUAGACAAACCGUGUGCUCCUGAGAGACUCGGAAAACAAAUUCAACACUUAAAGAGCUUUCAGGAAGGUGAUGGUGCUUUGGAAAUGAAGGCAACAGACAUGAAAGGAUGGGAUCGGGUUCCUGAUGAAGCAUAUGACCUACUUGAUAAGCUACUAGACUUAAACCCUGCGACAAGAAUAACUGCAAGAGAGGCUUUGCUGCAUCCUUUUUUUAAAGACCUGAGACUCUGAGAAGAUACCAUAUUCUAUUAUUGCUUUCAUACGUUUUAUGUGGAAACAAAAUACUGAGGUAGUUUUACCUUGUUGCCCUCAACAUUUACACUCAUUGAAAUACCAUCACACUGUGCACAGAACUACUGAAAUUUUGUCUUGUACAGUUGGACUGCAAAUGUCAGUUUAAGAAAUACUUGCAGAUGUAAAAAUUACAUAAACAUCACUAACAUGGUCUUAUCCUAAGACACUUCUGAGGGGUUAUUGCUGUGCAUACCUGUUCUCUGAGAAAGUUAACUUCGAUCAAAUACUACAAUGAAAAAGAGUUUCACAAGCUCUAUGCUUAAUUCUCAAGGUAUUCCCUUAAAAUUUACAAAUUUGCCUUAAGGUAUGACUGAAAUCAGAAAGUGCUUGAGAGACUUUUUUCCAUACUUGCAUAUCUCUGCUUUGUUCCUGAUUAGUACACGGGGGACUGAAAAUGGCACAAAGUGUGUUAAUUUUGUUCAGACUAUUUUCAGAGAACAGUAUUACUUUGGGAGUGUUGCUAGAGGAGGGGCCAGGUGCUGGAGGUUAUAUCAUCAAAAGAAAAGCAUAACUGUUUUAAAAGUACAUUUUCGUUCCUGUCUGGUCUUUCCUACUUAGGCAAUAGUAAUAAAUGCAGUUACUCAUUUUGCAUAGCCCACGUUUCCUCAGUGCCAUGGGUAACUGUCAAUAUUCAACAACUACUGCAUUCAGAAUGUCUCGUGUGAGAUGCAUAGGUUUGAUUUCUGUUAUGGAAACUGAUUUUUUUAAAGAAUAUCUGUUAAAUAAAGGAUUUGUUUUUAUAACU